GUCAUCAUGGGAAAGCUCCUGUUGACCUGUUCAGUAGUGAUUCUCUUCAUUUUGCUCCAGACUGAUGAGAUUGUCUCCAUUUCUAAAAAAGGAAGCAGUAGACCGAGUGGUAGCAGCAGUAAUCGAAAGCCAGGUCGACCUAGCAGACCUUCCCAUCAUCCAAGCAGACCUUCCCAUCAUCCUAGCAAACCUGCAGAGAAACCCAGAAAGCCAGCAUACAACCCGCCUAUCCAGAACAGACCUGCCCAGCAGGCACCCCCAAAGAAGCCUGAAAAUCCCUCAAGAAAUCAUCCAAGCCACGCAAACCAUCCAGAGAACCCUCCUCCCUAUAAUCCUGCACAUCCACCCCAUAACCCUGCCAAUCGACAACAUCCAGGACACCCUCCACCUUAUCCUGUGAACCCUCAAAAUCCUGCUCAUCCUCCAAGUAAUCCUGUUAACCCAGGUAAUCCUCCUCCAUACAACCCUGCCUAUCUACCACCACAUCCGGUCAACCCUCAAAACCCGGGACAUCCCCCACCAUACCCGGUCAACCCUCAAAACCCGGCACAUCCCCCACCAUAUCCGGUCAACCCUCAAAACCCGGCCCAUCCCCCACCAUACCCGUCCAACGCUCAAACCCCGGCCCAUCCCCCACCAUACCCGUCCAACGCUCAAACCCCGGCCCAUCCCCCACCAUACCCGUCCAACGCUCAAACCCCGGCCCAUCCCCCACCAUACCCGUCCAACGCUCAAACCCCGGCCCAUCCCCCACCAUACCCGUCCAACGCUCAAACCCCGGCCCAUCCCCCACCAUACCCGUCCAACGCUCAAACCCCGGCCCAUCCCCCACCAUACCCGUCCAACGCUCAAACCCCGGCCCAUCCCCCACCAUACCCGUCCAACGCUCAAACCCCGGCCCAUCCCCCACCAUACCCGUCCAACGCUCAAACCCCGGCCCAUCCCCCACCAUACCCGUCCAACGCUCAAACCCCGGCCCAUCCCCCACCAUACCCGUCCAACGCUCAAACCCCGGCCCAUCCCCCACCAUACCCGUCCAACGCUCAAACCCCGGCCCAUCCCCCACCAUAUCCGGUCAACCCUCAAAACCCGGGACAUCCCCCACCAUGCCCGGUCAACCCUCAAAGCCCGGCACAUCCCCCACCAUAUCCGGUCAACCCUCAAAACCCGGCACAUCCCCCACCAUAUCCUGCCAACCCGCCAAAUCCUGGGUAUUUCCCACAUCAACCAAAUUACCCCCAAAAUCCUAACUGGGGUCACUAUGACCCCAAGCCUUGGAAACCUAAAUCGCCCAAGACUAAGCUGAAGCACACAGCUGGAGCAGCAAUUGCAGGCGCAGCUGCAGGAGCUUUGGGGGGUUACUUCCUGGGGCGCGCCAUGUCAAAACUCCAUUUUCAUUUUAACAACCAGAACGAGGAGCGGUGGUGGUAUGAGAAUCGCCAUCGUUAUUCUGAUCGAGUUUACUACCCACAGUACAUCCAGCCUGUUCCACAAGAUAUCUUUGUGAGAGACUGUGUGAACAUCACAGUAAAAGAAUACAUUGAGCCCAGUGGGAAUGAAACUGAGGAUGAGAUCGAAGCCAGGGUGGUGAAACACGUGGUGAGGGAAAUGUGCAUCGAGCAGUAUCGUACUUUCUCCAGCUCCUCAGAAGGAGGCAGCUUCAGUCCUUAUGGUGGCAACCCAGUGGACUCUAAGCCAAGUGAUGCUGAGACAAAACAUGUGAUGGGGGAAGUUCUUAUAGAUGUUCCAGUGGAAGACUCCAACAGCUACAUCUUAGGCAGCCCCAUAGCCAAUAUGUAUUUUCAUUUUAAUGACAGUGAGGAGGAACAUUGGUGGAAUGAAAACCGCCUCCGUUUUGCCACCCAUGUUUACCACCCAAACUAUAGCCAGCCAGUUUCGAAGGAUGCUUUCCUGAGCGAGUGUGUAAAUGUCACCGUAGGAGAGUAUGUGAAGCCCACUGGAAAUCAAACACAAGAUGAGCUGGAAGCCAGAGUGGUGACACAGGUGGCAAAUGCAAAAUGCAUGGAGAUGUACCACCGCAUAUCUGGCCUCACAGCAGGAAGCAGCUACUAUGAACAUAAACUGAAGACAGCGACUACACUAGCCGAACUUGAGAUCAAACAUGGAGCAGGAAUAGCUCUUGCUGGUAGUCCUGGAGGAGCGGGUAGAGACAACACCUUUAACAACGCUGUGUCUGAUUUGCAUUUCUCCUUUGAGAAUGCUUUGCUUCCCAUCCAUCCUUUUGUCAUUUCAUUCCUUACAUUAAUCACACCUUUCCUGAUCUUCUAAGGGCUAUGCUUCUUAAAUCUCUUCUGUGGCUGCUGUUCACUUAUCGGAGGUCUGGAAGAUCUCUCUCUCUCUUUCUCUCCAGCAAGAAUUUAGUUGUGGUUUUCUGUUUUUCUGGAAAGUGCUUUCUGCAUCGGUUCAGUGCAGUGCAGUAAAGUGCUGUACAUGUGCUACGUAUGAAUGAACUCCAAUUGCCAUUCAGCCUUAGAGUCUUUUAGUGUGUUCUAAGGGUUUCUUUAGUAAUGAAAGGGAGGAGGGAAGCAUCAUCCAUCAAAAACCAUUCCUUCUUUGUAUUUGUCAAGUCUAACUUAACAAAAUGUAGAGAUGGAGACAGUGGAUAAGUCCCCCCAUUUCUGUUGCCUUAGAUCCUUCAGUGGAAUUUGCUCAGCUUUCAGGAAAUAUUUCAGCAAUUCACAUGAUAGCAGAAGUUGAUUUUUGAGAGGCAGGCAGGCAGGCAGGCAGGCUGGCUGGCUGAGUGACUUCUGAGGUUAUUUAAUAUAAAUACACCAAGAUUUGAGCUGAAGGUUCUAUUCAAACACAAUCCAAGUCCAAUCUCAGAACCAAGCUGAGUUUCUGAAUGAUUGGGGUGAAACAGCUGAAUUGGAUUGGAUGUUUUGAUUAGAAUCAGAUUUCUAAAAUAGCUCUCCUCUUAUGGCUGUUGAUAAUUCUAGCCAGUAUUUGAUUAACCAACCAUUUUUGCUGAGUAAUGAAAGCUGAUGCACACCUCAGAACAGAGGCAGGCAACAUUUGAUAGCAAACAUGUUCUACAGAGUGGGGUCUGAGGCCUGCAAACCUGGUGCUGCAAAACCACACCUAUGGAUGGGGGGCAAAUGUUGAGCUAUUUCCUUCUCUUUUGAAACAAUAAUAUACCCACAUUAGGGCUUAUCCUAUGGGUUCCCAUCUCAGUAUGGUGGAGAACUGAAUCAUCACUUUUCAGCAGUUAUGGAGGGGAGGGGGGUUUUGAGGAUUGCAGAAAGAAAACUUAAAGUUACUUGUGGCCCUGGGGCUGCAGGCACCCCUUCUUGAUAAGAUGUUUGUGCCUUCUUUGCCUAUUCUAAACUUUCUCUGUCAUCCCUACCCUUAAAUAUGACUGGGAGGUUUCAUCCAGUCAUUAGUAAUUUGGAAGGCUGAGAACACUGUUUGGAAGCCACAAGGUGCCAUAUUGUUUUCCAAUCUUUCUUUGUUUUCUUUUACCUCUUCAAGGUAAUUGAAUGUCUGGGUGGGUUUAAACUCUACUUCUAUCAUCAGUACUGUAUUCCUUUCUGUCAUGCUGUGAUUGUUGUCACAAAUCAGAAGUGGAAAGAAAGAAGGCGGCCAGCUUGGAUUGAAAUUUAGACAAUGCCAAAAUGGAGAGUCAGUCAAUUACAAUGGGGAAUAAAUCCAACAAAUGAAUAAAUACAUAAAUAAAUAAAUUUGGGUUCCCAAGCACUUGAAUGGGCAGUUGUCAUCUGGGUUGAUGUACCUCUUCCCUUGAAACAAAGAAUGUGGUUGGAUUUGUUCCAUUUCUCAGGUGGUCUCUCUUUGAGAAAUAGGAAUGCUGUCCAAUUAGCUUGGCUCCAAUUCUGAAGAUGGAUCCCGAUCAUAAAAAAUGUUCUUGUUUAGGUGUAUUGCAAAGUCUGUGAAUUUUGGUCAGUCCUUCAUAAGCAAUGCUAUGUUGAUGAGGACCCCUUGAGUAACCUUGCUUGGCCUCUCCUGUCGGCAGGUGUGGUUAAACGAAUAAGACUAUCUCUGAAUGUGGACCUUGGCUUAUCUCAUCCAUAGAAGGCCAGAAAAAGAAAGCUAAUGUCAAGCUAGCUUUAGCAUCGAUUUUGUUAAAGAACUGAUAAACCAUGGAGGCUAGGUUUGGAUGUAACACAUUUUUGUUUUUGUUUCUGGUUAAUUUUCCUACUUCAUUUGGCGGGAAGAGCUAUGCAAGAACAGCUGGGAAGUCUAUCCGAACCUGUCUGUUGUGAACAAGAAGCUAGAAUUUUUAACCAUUUUGGUUACUCAUUCCAUUUUAACAUAGUCAAUAUGUGCAGAGUGCUGAGAUUUUAUUUCCUUGUAAAAUGUUAAUUAUACUACCUGAUGUUCUGACAAAACAUUUAGAAGAUUACUUGUUAUUACUGUUUGACUUGCUAACCUCCACUUACUCCUCUCACUCUUUCAGCUAAACUCCCAAAUAAAACUGUGGCCUAUUUAACACCAAAA